UUUCCUAAAUUGUGAAUUGUAAAAAGUGCAGCUUUGUUAUGGCAACGAACCAGUCUGCACUAGACGCUGCGAAGACAGAAAUGAACUUUUAUGCGGAUAUGUUCAACAAAAUGGCGGACCAGUGCUUUAAAAAAUGCAUACCUAAGUACAACGAAGGAGACUUGAACACAGGUGAAAUGGUUUGUGUCGAUCGUUGCGUAGCCAAGUAUUUUGAGGUUACGCAGAAGGUUGGUGAAGUUCUCCAAGGUAGUAUGCAAGGUGGUUUUCAGACUGGGGGUGGCAACCGGUAGUUGGUAAAAAGAGAUCUUUCGUUUCUCAGUCACAUAAAUUUUGAAUAUCUUUGCCAACUUUUUUGUAAGCAAACA